UGACUCUGAAACAGGUCACAAUUCCCACCUCAUCGCGUUUCCUUCCGCGCACAUAUCAACACGUACCUGACAGGGUCACUUACUUGAGUCAUGACUUCGAAAGCGUCCGUACUUGGUUUCGACUUGUUGCGCUUAGACGCGGUCCAAGGGCUGCGUGCCAAUACAAGAGCAAAGCAAAGCCGUUGCGAGCAUCUCGCGACACAAGAAAUUCAACCUCAAAGUCAUAUAUCGGACAGCGGGUCAUAUCAUAGUCAUACAACUUCAGAAGAUCCCAACUUUAAGCAAAUGCCAGGACGCCCAGACAAGAGCGAAUGGUGGAAUUGUUGUCAAUGUUGUGCAAUGGUUAACCCAAGAAUUAAUGGUGACCUUUGUCCAGUCUGCGCACAUUGUAAAUGUGACUGGUAUUGCACAAAUUUGUAAUUCAAUAGGUGUCAAUACAAUAACCAGAUCUUGCACAGAACGUCUGCGCCAUGAAUACCAUGACUAUGGUGACAAUCCACUGGUUGGUAGUUGCAAAUAUGCUGCAGGUUGUUACCGACUCAGGAUGUCCUCAUAUAAGAGUCGAAACAGUUACAAU